GGCGUGCGCGCCGCCUGGCGCCGCGUCGGCCAGAUUGCCUGGUUCGACUUCCCAGGACAAUGGCAAGCGGGGUCAAUUGGGGGGCUCGACCUCCCCGACUGGCCCGGCUCCCGCUGGGAGCGUUGCCGCCAGCGGUCGCAGCUUCUGCGGCGGCUGGACCCGCGCGUGCCUGCGCAGUUCCAGCAGGAGGAGGGCCCGCGGCCCUGGUGGGCGCCAGGGUGGCUGGACCUCCCGCUGCCCGAGGAAGCACCGCACGACGCGUGGUACUUCCGCGGGCGCCCCGAGAGGGGCGUCCCUCCUUCGUGGUUCGUGCCGCACUGGCGCACGGCCACGCGCGGCGCGCGCGACCCGCAGUGCGUCGCCAUGGUCUGGAUGGACGCGGGGGUCGCGCGGUACGUCGUGUACAUGGAGCCGCUGGGGGAUGGCGUGCUGGCGCUGCGCGGCGCUUGA